AUGAAGAUCUCCAACGUCGUCGCCGGUGCGGCGCUGUUCGCCAGCACCGUCGCUGCUGCCGACCUGGACCCCAUCGUCAUCAAGGGCUCCAAAUUCUUCUAUGAGAACAAGGGAGAGCAAUUCUACAUCCGUGGUGUUGCCUAUCAGGAGGAGUCCACUAGCGGCGGGCCUAACAGUUACAAGGAUCCUCUGGCCGACGCCGAGUCCUGCAAGCGUGACGUCCCCAUGCUUGAGAAGCUCGGUGCCAACGCCAUCCGUGUGUACGCGAUUGACCCUAAGAAGGACCACAAGGAGUGCAUGGAUCUCCUGAGCGAGGCCGGCAUCUACGUCAUUUCCGAUCUGUCCUCGCCCGGCGAGUCCAUCAACCGCAAGGACGCCAAGUGGGACAACGACCUCUACAAGCGUUACACCUCCGUCGUGGACGAGCUGGCCCAGUACAAGAACGUCAUCGGUUUCUUCGCCGGUAACGAGGUCUCCAACGACAAGAAGACCACAGACGCCAGCGCCUACGUCAAGGCCGCUGUCCGUGACACCAAGGCCUACAUCAAGUCCAAGAACUACCGCCCCAUGGGUGUUGGUUACGCCACCAGCGAUGACUCUGACAUCCGUAACGACAUGGCCGACUACUUCAACUGCGAGGACGAGGACGAGAGCAUCGACUUCUGGGGCUACAACAUCUACUCGUGGUGCGGUGACUCCAGCUUCAAGAAGUCCGGCUUCGACGUCCGCACCAAGGAGUUCAAGGACUACAACGUUCCCGUCUUCUUCGCCGAGUACGGCUGCAACGCCGUCAAGCCCCGCAAGUUCUCCGAGGUCGAGGCCCUGUACGGUCCCCAGAUGUCCAACGUCUGGUCCGGUGGUAUCGUCUACAUGUACUUCCAGGAGGACAACGACUACGGUCUGGUUAAGGUCGAGGACGGCAAGGCCAAGCCUCGUGAGGACUACAGCUACCUCUCCAAGGAGCUCGCCAAGGCCACUCCCUCCGGUACCAAGAUGGAUGCGUACAAGCCCACCAACACCGCCCUCCAGAAGUGCCCCGAGGUCAACAACAAGUGGCUCGCGACCUCCAGCCCUCUGCCUCCUUCCCCCAACGAGGAUCUCUGCUCCUGCAUGGAGGAAAGCCUGGGCUGCGCCCUGAAGGACGACAUCGAGGACAAGAAGCUGGACAAGGUCUUCGGCACCGUCUGCGGCUACGACGGCGUCUGUGACGGCAUCAGCGGCAACGCCACCAAGGGCGAGUACGGCGCCUACUCGGUCUGCGAGACCAAGCAGCAGCUGUCCUUCGCCAUGAACCGCUACUACGAGCAGCAGAAGGCCCAGGGCAACGGCGAGAAGGCCUGUGACUUCAACGGCGCCGCCGAGACCAAGUCCGCCAAGAGCCCCAGCGGCACCUGCGGUUCCCUCCUCAAGGAGGCCGGCGCCAAGGGCACCGGCACCAUCAAGUCCGGCGCCAGCGGCUCCGACUCCGAGGGCUCCGAGGCCUCCGCCUCUGGCUCCGAGGGCGCCGCCUUCGUCGUUGCCCCCAGCAGCGUCAACGUCGGCUUCGUCCACAUCGGUGCCUACGUCGUCACCGCCAUGGUCGCCGGUGCGGGCAUGAUCCUCCUGUAA